CUCGCCGCGGUCGCGCCCGGCGUCCAUGUGAGCAGCCCCCUGCGGCCGCACCCGCUGCCGCGCGCUCGGUGGGGGGCGCCGCGCCGCGCGCUCGUCCUGUCGCAGCACCGCCACGAGGAGCUCGUCACCAGCGCCGAGGCCAUCCUGCGCAAGCUGCUCAUCACCGACAACUACGACUCGGUCAGCAACUUCAUCUCACUGUACGACGCGUUCAACGCCGAAACGCAGCCGCUGUGCGACGUGUUCGAGAACUACGCGCCGCCGAUCAGGUCCAAGAAGCACACGUGCGUCGGCCUCGGCAUAGAGCUUAUCCGCCGGUGGCGAUGUCUGGACAAGGAGUUCAAGGGGUUCGCGGCGGCGACGGCGCUCGUGUCGUGCGAGGAGGCGGUGGUGGACGUGGCCGACUACGUGACAAGCGGCGACAGCCCGGCGGCGGUGCUCGCGGCCGAGAAGGAGCACGUCAUGGUGGGCGUGCACAUCAAGAUCGAUGGCCGCGCGGGAGUGCUGCUGGCCGACCCCGGCUACCACGUGGCCAGGAUCGUCACAGUCAUGGCUGACGGAGCUUAUCCACAUACCAACUGGUUCACGCAGUCAGACGACGUGACCUGCCGCAAGGAGUAUUACUACUCGUACAACGCGCACAACAGCGGCUACGUGGAGUGGCACGAGCGGGACACGCGUAACGACGUGGUCAAGCAUCAGACCUCGCUGGUGUUCAUCGCCAGGCCGUAUCUGGACGGUGUAAACGUCACCGAGAGAAGAAACUUGGUGUACAAUUUCAGGAGUCUACUAGCGCGAGACCAGAAAGGGCACCUUGUAGCCGGGCUAUAUUUCCCGGUAGGGGCCCAGAGUAAGGAUGCGCAGUUCACUUUGUUCUUCGACAACGGCUCCGAGAGACAGAAGACCAAAUACAAGUUCAGCACGUUUAUGGACUCUAAAAAUAUACCGAACACAAUAACAGAAGAGGUCCAAAUCUGUAACGCCAAAAUGAACUACAAAGAUGGUGAAUUGCUUUCAAUUAUCACCAAGUUGGCCGAGGUGAUGGCGCACCAGUCCUUCAUCGAUCAGUUGGUCGAGAUCAACGAUGACAUCUGCCGCAUGAGUCUUUGACACAGCAUUACGUGGUCACAAGACGGCCGACAAGAUGGCGGCCGAAAAAAUGUACGACAAGAUGGCGGUACAGAAAAAAGCCGACAAAAUGGCGGUCGAAACAAGACGCAUAGACCGUGCGGACAGCAACGGCAAAAAGACCAAUUUAUCAUUAAUAUUUUAUUGAUUUGUAGUAUUUUUAUUUACUGCGUAUUAAUGUAAUUUUCUUUUUGAUAUUUCGGUGAUGGAUUUCUUUAUUUUGUAGUUUAUAAGUUUAUGAUUUCUAUUUUGGUGUAUUACUUAAUAAUAGAGAAUUUAUUAUUGUUUUAAAUGACAAAAUACAGAAUGUUGAUCCAAA